CUUCCCAGGCUGUGCACCAACGAAAGUGCCUGCGGGAGAACCUGGGUCGGGUCCCUGGUGCCUGCUCCGGGGCAGCCUCGUGGGAACGGCGCUUUCCCUCCCUCCGGCUCACCUGGCGGCGCGGAGCAGCCAGCUUUGGAAGGUCAUACCUGAUUUCAGCUCAUUGCCAUUUCUUCAAGGAUCCCACAAAUAUUCUCAAGCAAAGUUAACUCAGUUGAGUGUGACCCUGAAUUCUGCAACAAUUCCAUCUGUUUUCAGUUAAGGUGACACGAUGACUGGGGAAGAUUUGCUCAAAGACACUAACAGUGUGAAGCCGGAAAUGGUCUUACGACACUGUUUUAAACAAUACAAACUCAGAGAUUUGUAUCCAAAAUUUUUCCUUAAAGUUAAACCAAGUAUAUUUGGGCCACCCAAAUCCAGACGUCGCAUUAUUAUUGCGCCUCCUAUGGUAAGACCAGCUUUUGCCGGUUCAAAACCCAUUCAGAUUACACCCAUCAAGAAAGAUGGAAAGGAGGAAGCUGCUGACCAGCAAAUGUCCCCUGGGGCAGAAAGCUGUCCCCACACAUUGAAAGAACCUUCAGAGGCAGAAGAUGAUCUACCAAUGCUGGAAUCUUGGAUAACGGAAAGGAGAAAGCUCCGGUCUCAAUUGGAUAGCCUUGUAAAUGUUGAAAAAUGGCUACGUCAAAAGCUUUCCACCACAGAGCAAGAAGAUAGAGUCCUGGAAAACAUACAGUAUUGCAGAGCAGAGAGGAAGGCUAAAAUUCAGGCAGCUGUGACCAGAAAUCUUGAAAAUCUGUCAGCAAAGCAUGACCAGCCUCAUCAAAAAAGAAUCAUCCCGCUAAUCAAAGCUCCCUACCCCCAGUCCCUCAUUACACUGCACAACCUUCUGCACAAACAAAAGCUCAAGAUGGUGGACUUAUUCAAGAAGGCAGAUAAGGACAAGAAGCGGUUCGUGAGAUCAGAGUUCAUUAAAGUUAUCAAAGGGGCCAAUGUCCCUAUCAGUGACAAUGACCUGGAAGAUGUGAUCAUCUACCUUACUACUUCUAAACGUGAAAAUUUUAUAACCAGUGAUGAUUUAGCUGAUUGUCAAAAUAUGUGGCUGGAUUCAAUGAGAGACCAGAUGAAACAACCCAGGGAGGCAAAAAGAGCGUGUUCCCGAUUUCACACCCGGAAAGCUGUAUCUAAAACUGUUUGUCGUCCAGCAUCUGCUGAUGGCAAAACCAAAGAGACAGAGCCACUUGCUCCUAGUGAACCUACAGUGAAGUUAACGCUGUUAGAAGUUCCGCCUAUCAACCUCGAACCGGAUCACAGACCUCUAAACCAUGAGGAAAUGGAGGAAAUUGGAAAGAGAUGGAAAGAGAGGAAACGAUGUGAGAAGAUCAAAGUCAGUCCAAUACAAUGGAUGGAACGCUGUCGGCUGGUGAGAUCUGGAAACAAUGCCAUCGAUGAACAUUGUUUGCCAUCAACAAUGGAGAGCGAAAUAGGAGAAAUAAUUGAUAAACAUCGCAGGACCAUCUACAUGGUCUAUCUGCAGAGUCUCAAAUUAUGCAAUGAAUAUAACAUUCCACUCACCGAAAAGGUACUGGAAAGAGCCCUGCUGUACCCAGGAGACAAAAUAAUAAAAGAAGGUGCAUAUGUGCGGAAGAUCAGACAGCCAGGGGGUCCCUAUUCAACAGUGGAUGGAAGUCGCCACCAAAAGCAACUGCUUUUAAGCAGACAAGGAUUAAAAGGGGAUGCCAAAAAUGGACUGCGUGGUACAGGGAUUAAGAGGCAACUAUACGGAAACCAGAAGGCAUACAGAGGCAGUGAGAUGUCAUUUGAUGAUUAUGAACAGUUAACAAGGCAUCUGCAUAUGAAGUGGUCCAAUCUGAGCUGCAGGUCUAAUGACAAUAACUUCUGGCCAGGUCACCUUCUGGACAAGCUGCGUAUUUAUCUCCCCCAGAUAAAGACUAAUCAGGAGCAUGCCCUGUUCAGCUAUAUUCAUCCAACACCACCUGCCUAUCCUGGUAUUUACAACCCACACCACAGCUGGCCAGUCAGUGACCAGGGAUACGUGACCUAUGGAAACACUGACACUCAAAAGUAUUGAUGUUGUCUGGGACAGUAAUGCUGUAUGUGAUGAAAGCUCUGUGAUUCCUCAGUCACCUCCAUGGAGUUAGGCCACCAUCAUGAACAAAAUAAAGCUAUCAAAGCCAAAAAAGUACACAUUCAAUUCAAAGCUAGAGCAAAGUUGUGCAGGACUUGAUAGACCAGCAUUCCUCAAAGUGGCCCAGGCCACGCUGCUUCCCACAGUUCCCCUGGGCUGGAAAUGACAAAUCAGAGCCAAUGUUUACCUUUGGGUAAACAAAGUGGCAUGGGCCCACUAAGAGCUUUCCCAAAUAGGCCCAUGGCCCACUUUCAGGAACACUGGGAUAGACAAUGAAAUACAGAAACAAAAUACAGGA